AUGUCUAAUACUGCUACUGCUAAGACACACAGAAGGGCUGAUACUUAUGAAGGUCCUCAAAUGAAUUUCAAAUUCCCAAGUGAUGAGGAUUUUCAAGCUCAAAACAUCUCAAAAGAUGAAGAAGUUGAACUUACCGGUCCAAAGAUUGAACCAUACUAUAAAUAUGAACAAAUUUAUCCUAAACCUUCUUCUGAAAGGUUAGAUGAAGGAUUUGAUCAAGAAAUUUACAAACAUGACCAACGUCCAACCUUAGACCCUGCUCAAACUCAAGAAUUUAGUGGAUUAGGUGCAACUGGUACAAUUCCUGAAGAUGGUGUUCCAGAUCAUACUCAAUAUUUAGCUGCUGGUAAUUAUAUCCCAAAUCACACAAAACAACCAUCAAAUAUAAGUUCAGCUAUUACUUCAAAUUAUACAACUAAUGCAAGCUCAAAUAAUGAUUUCCAAUUUUCAAUUCCAACUCAAGACAAUACCUCAUACCAAAUCACAAACAAUUUAUCGGAAGAAAGACUUGUAAGAUCACCACCUUCAUUAUCCCUUUCAACCUUUUCUCGUGGGGAAUCUUUAAGAAGAAAAAAUUCUGUUAGAAGAACCAACUCAUUGAAAAGAACCAAUUCAUCAUUAUAUCGUAAAGCAUCAUUGAAAAGAUCUAAAGCUGUUAAAUACAAGAUUGGUUGGUUAACAAGAUUGAAACAAAUGGGUAUCAACAUCAAAAAUAAAUUGAAAUCAUGGAGAAAGAUUGCAGUUAGAAAAGCAUUCAAUACUAAAGGUAAAAAAUUCAACAAACGUUCAAUGACAAUGAGAAAGAAAAGAAUCUCAAUGCCAUUAGAAAGAGAAAGAGCCAAAAGUAUUUCUGAAUUGAAAAGAGAAAUCAAUAACUGGUAUGUUCCAGAAAGAAACUUCACUGUUGGAUCAUUUGUUGAGCCACCACCACCAUCAACCGAUAGAGUUAUUUCAAAUGGAUCAAAAAUUACAGAUAGAAUUGUUUCUUCUAACUCAGAAUUCUCAUUUAAGAGAACUCCACCUCCAUUACCACCACACCGUGUUGCUUCAUCACCAAUGCUCAAGGCACACAUUGAAUCUGAUAAAAGAUCAAGCCAUACACUGAACAGAAGUUUUUCAACUCCAACAGGGACAGAACUUUUACAAGAAAAACCAAAAGUUCAACCAUAUUUAUUACAACCUGAAACCAAGUCAAGUCAUCCAUAUCAUCAAUUAGCUUCAACUGAAGAUGUUACAAGUCCACACAUCACUGGGGUAGUAUAUGAUGAAGAUGAUGAUGAAGAUGAAUUUUUUGAAGAAGAUUAUUAUCAAGCUAAAGAAGAAGAAGAUAAUAUUCGUGAUUUAUGGAGAACUUAUUUAAGAAGAACAAUUGCUGCAAGAAUUGAAUCUAAAUUAGAAAUCCAUAACAUUGCUCAAAUUCCAGAACCAGAUGCUGCACAAGAAUAUGCUGAGAAUGUGUUUGGUCUUAAUAGUGAUAACGAUAGUGCUCGUGAAAGUAUAAGUGAUUUUGAUGAUGCUGAUAAUGAAUCAUUAACAUCUGUCUCAGGUAGUGAAUUUAGUGAUGCUUCAGUUUCAAUUUCGGGAUCCGAAGUCAUGUCAGAAACAAGCACAAAUUAUUUCUCAACUUACAGUGAUCCAAUAAGUUCACCACCAUUACAAUUAACUAGAGAAUCUUAUAAUUUUAUUCAAGCACAACUAAGAAAUGUUAAAAGAUCAUCUACAUUACCAAACAGAACUCCAAAUGAUAGAUUAAGUCAUUACAGAGGGAUGGCACCAAUGCAUAACAGAUACAUGUCUGUAACCACAUAG